CAGCUACCCCCGAAACAAAACCAGACCGCGCCCCAAAUCGCGUCUGCAUCGCACCAACCACCCCUCUACCGCCAUCACGUAUCUCUAUCGCGCACUCCGUUCGGCUGUCACCAUGUCUUUCGAAACCACCGCAACCAUUGCCUCUUUUGGAGGCAAGCUGUUAAAGCUGAAGCAUCAGUCGUCUAGCACAGGAACAGACAUGGCCCUAAACCUUUACCUUCCGCCACAAGCUCUGAAGUCGGGCGCCAAGGUUCCCGUGCUGUUUUAUCUGUCUGGCUUGACAUGCACCGGUGACAAUUGCUCCGAGAAGGGCUUCUUCCAGCACGGUGCCAGUCAGAAGGGCCUUGCUGUUGUGUACCCUGACACUAGCCCCAGAGGUCUGAAAAUCGAGGGUGAGGACGACGCGUACGAUUUUGGUUCUGGUGCCGGUUUCUACGUCGACGCAACCAAGGAGCCGUGGAACAAGGGCUACAACAUGUACUCGUAUAUCACCAAGGAGCUCCCAGAAGCUUUGUUCGCACACUUCAAGGAGCUCGACGGCAGCCGGAUUAGCAUCACUGGCCACAGCAUGGGUGGCCACGGUGCCCUUACACUUUUCCUCAAGAACCCUGGAAUGUAUAAGUCGGUCUCCGCAUUCGCACCCAUAGCGAACCCUAUCAACGCCCCCUGGGGACAGAAAGCAUUCAAGGGCUAUUUUGGCGAGGACCAGCAGCAGAAGUGGAAGGAGCACGACGCAACCGAGCUGGUGAAACAGUGGAAAGGCCCACUGGAUAUCCUCAUUGACGUGGGUACUGGCGACAACUUCUACAAGCAAAAGCAACUUCUUCCCGAAAACUUCAUUGAGGCGGCUAAGGAGGCUGGCAAUGACAAGGGCAUCAACCUGCGAUUGCAACCCGAUUACGAUCACAGCUACUAUUUCAUGGCCACAUUUGCAGACGAUCACGUUGCAUGGGCGGCGAAGCACUUGGGAGUCUAGUAGGUUGACUGCACGCACAGGAAUUUUAGUUAGUAACCGCUACAGAAGCGACUCAGUAGCGAAGGCAAAGCUUUGAGCAGGCGAUCAAUCGUCGCUGAUGGCCAAGGUUUAUGUAAAAUAUUUCAGGUCUUACACGAAUCCAUGCAGCGGAAAGAACGCGUUAUUAGAAUUCGA